UAUAAUAUCCCGGUAAAAAGAGCGAGAAAUAAAAAUAAUUAUAUUUUUGUUCAUUAUUUAUUAAAAAUACUUUGCUUUUAUUUUUAAAUAUGAUAAAGGUGCCAUCUAUUUCAUUUUAUUUCUCUAAGAUAAUAUAAUUUUUUAAAAUGGAAUUAGAUUUAAAAUUAAAAAAGCAAGUCAGUUCUGACCAACUAAACGCGUUGUUGGAUUUCUUGAAAGAGCAUAAGGAGCUGGCCAAAGGUUUGAUCAGAGGCCGACGUGGAAAACUAAAUACAUUGAAAUUGUGGAAUCUGUGUGCUAAGAAACUUAAUGUACUUAAGGAUGGUGCAACAAAAGAUGGAAAAGGUUGGUCGAAGUAUUGGUGUGACUGGAAAUACAGAGUGCGAAGGCGAGCUCUGGAACAAAAAUCCUCUAAACAAAGCACAAAUUUUUCUCUGGAAAAUUCUACACCCUUAUCAACACUGGAAGAAGAAAUUUUGAAAAUAAUUGGCCCGGGUGCUUUAGAUACUGUUGUGAUAAAAUUGGAUCCUUUAGCUGAGACGGAAAUCGAUGAAGCUGAUAACAUAAUAGAAAAAAAUUCAGAUGCUGAGUAUACAGGAACACAGCCGAAGUUAAUAAGUGGCAGAAAAAGACGACAUACAUCUAGAGAUCUUGAUGAUUCAGACAACAUUAGAGAGAUUUCCUGCGAUAGAAAACCUGAGCUACUUGCCAAUAUAGAUGAUUCAGAUCACAAUGAUGCAAAAGAAUUUUUGCGUUUGGAAAAAGAAAAGUUGGAAUAUGCUAAAAAAUCUCAAGAAUCAUUAAAAACAAUAUCAUCUGAAAUAACAAGGCUUGCUGAUGUCAUGAGUCAUAUCAGAGAUGUAUUAAUCAAUAAUAGAAUAAAUGUUUAAAGAGCUAUAAUUAUGAAGACACAAAAAAAACUAUUACAAUAAAAUAAUUGAUCUCCACGGCGGGGAAUCGAACCCCGGUCUCCCGCGUGACAGGCGGGGAUACUUACCACUAUACUACCGAGGAUUGUGGUAUCAAAUGUGAAAUUUAGAAUCUAGUUUGUCAUUAUAAGUUAUGUAUAAGAAUUAGUAGUAUAUUUAUAAGUUAUUAUUUCUGCACUUGUUUUAUUAUUAACCCCUAACUAUCUACCCGCUGACUCACCGACAAUAGCGGAACGAUUUCAGUCAAUAACUGAGCCUUUAUUUCUCGUGCGUUAAGGUACCUGUUUUAUCUACCUUACCUGUAACUUCUGGAAGGUUUCGGUCUUGGAAGUUGUCAUGGCUCAU